CCUGAGUUUUGGCGCUAAUCCAUGUGUCCCCCCAUACAUAUAUUCCAUGGUUUCGAACUAGAACAGCCGUUGUCUUUGGGUAUGCUUCUAUCUAACAGAAGAGAGCAUGCUGUUAGCCCAAGGAUACAACUACAAGAUGCCAUAAAACUAGCAAUUCAAAACAAAAUCAUCAGAAAGAAUACAUUAGCUCUGAUUAUCUGAUAUAUAACAGUUAUCCUACACUAAAUCAAUGUUCAUACAAGAACUCGAAUUAUGCCAGUUAUAGUAACAGUAAGCAUUCCACACACUAGUGAGAGACCAUAGAAAAUGAACUUAAUCUAAAUAGCAUAGAAGUCACCCAUAAAAUAGCACACCACUUCAACAGGAAAUGACAAGCUUCUGCACAUUAUACCAGUCAUUCAAUGACCGACUAUAAUGUUGAUGUAGGGUCAGCUAGUUUGAUGGAUAAAU